ACAGCUGCGAAAGAUGCCGCCGAAAAAGAAUAAGAAGCAGAACGCAAAGCCCCAACCUUCACCCUCGUCUGCUCCGAGGUUGCAUAUUUCGGCCGAAAAUGAGAACCGCCUCCGCCGGCUCUUGCUCAACUCGGCCCGGCCCACUCCUGCGACGGAUGAUACCCUAACCAAGGCUCAGAAAGCAAAGAAGCUGAAAACUGUUUACGAGAAGCUCUCUUGCGAAGGUUUCGCUAAUGAUCACAUUGAGCUUGCUCUCUCCGCUCUCAAGGAAGGUGCUACAUUUGAAUCUGCUCUUGAUUGGUUAUGCUUGAAUUUGCCCGGGAAUGAACUUCCACUGAAGUUUUCUAGUGGGACUUCUUUUCAUUAUAGUGAAGUGGGUUCUGUUGGUGUUAUAUCAAAUCAACGGGACAAUUCAACUCCUUCAGUGGAUCCAUCUAUUACAAGUAGGGAUGAAGCUCCAAAAUCUCCAGUUUUAAUCAAGAGACAGUGGAAUGACGAUACUUUAGAUUCUCACCAACCAUCUCAAGCAGAUUGGAUCAGGCAAUAUGUGGAGCAACAGGAAGAGGAUGAUUCUAAGACUUGGGAAGAUGACAUUUUUGAUGGAAGUAAUUCCACAAAGGAGGUUAUUAUAAAUUCAAGUUUAGGCGUGUUGUUUUACAUUUCUGUUUGCAAGCCCUGUGAACCUAGGUCUUAUGAUGUUAUAGCCAACGAGUAUCUUGCUGCAAGGUUGGAAGCUACAAAAGCCAAGCAAAAAGGGGACAAGAAAUGUCAGGAGCAGGCAGGCCAUAUAAUCCGGAAACUAAAGCAAGAGUUGUCUGCUCUAGGAUUAUCAGAUGACAAUUUGGCCUUACAACAUGAGCAUGAAAUUGGUUCUAAGUUUGCAUCUGAGAAAGCAUCCACGGGUCAUGAGCCUUUUGAUUGCUUUGAAGAAAAAGCUCCAUGUGAUGCAGAAGGUUAUUCAGUCAUUGUUUCACCUUCUGAUGGGACCCCAUUUGAUGGAAGUGAUGUGGAGCACCACAGCAUGGAGGAAAAUCUUGCUAACUCCAGCUCACCAGUUGUAUGUGUUGAAAAAGAUUCUGCUCAAGGAGAGGCUGUAGACAUUGAGCUUGGUGGUUUCUUCAUGGAUGAUGUGCUAUCUAGUGAAAUAUUACCUCUUGAUGUUUUGAAAAUACAGAAACAAGAAAAAAUUAAAAGACUAUCAGAGAAGAAGAAUUUGGAUAAGUUAGAUGGCAUUUGGAAGAAGGGGGACCCUCUAAAGAUUCCGAAGGCUGUUCUUCAUCAACUAUGCCAGAAAUCAGGGUGGGAAGCACCAAAAUUCAUUAAAAUUCUUGGCAGGGGAAAGUGUUUCUCCUAUACUGUAAGCAUAUUGCGUAAAGCUAGUGGGAGGGGCAAGAACCGAAAAGCUGGGGGGCUGGUCACACUUCAGCUUCCAGAUCAGAGUGAAAUCUUUGAAUCUGCUGAGGAUGCACAGAAUAAAGUGGCAGCAUAUGCAUUGUUCCAACUGUUUCCUGAUAUCCCAGUUCAUCUCCCAAUUACAGAGCCUUAUGCUUCACUUGUUAUGAAGUGGAUGGAAGGGGAAUCAUUAACCAGGCUAGAAGACAAUGAGGAAGAGCAUAGGUCUGACUUUGUGGAUUCAUUAUUAAAUGGUGAUGGUUCUGGUGCAAUUGCAUCUGUUGAUGUCACAGAUUAUAAGUUUCCAGAGCACUUUGAUAGACUUUAUGAAAAUAAAAGUUCAAUACUUGCCAGUCAUCAGCCAUAUGCCCAGAGAGAAACCUAUAGCAAGGAAAUGGAGAGUACCUAUUUGAGACAGAUGCAAGAUAUUAAAAUGAGAAAACAAAGAUACCAGGAUAUGUUGAAAAUUAGAGCCACACUUCCUAUUGCUGCACUAAAGGGUGAUAUAUUGCAAUUGCUGAAGAAAUAUGAUGUUCUUGUUGUUUGUGGGGAAACAGGCUCUGGAAAGACAACUCAGGUUCCACAAUUUAUAUUGGAUGACAUGAUUGAGUCAGGACAUGGUGGAAACUGUAAUAUUGUUUGCACACAACCAAGGAGAAUAGCGGCUAUUUCUGUGGCUGAGAGGGUGGUGGAUGAGCGGUGUGAACCUUCACCAGGCUCAGAUGGUUCCUUGAUUGGUUAUCAAGUUCGUCUUGAUAGUGCCAGGAAUGAGAAAACAAGGCUUCUGUUCUGUACAACAGGCAUCCUUCUGAGAAAAUUGAUGGGGGACCGAAACUUGUCUGGCAUCACUCACGUUAUAGUUGAUGAAGUUCAUGAGAGGUCUUUAUUGGGAGAUUUUCUUCUAAUUGUUCUAAAGAAUCUAAUUGAGAAGCACUCUACUGAAAGCCCUACAAAACUGAAAGUCAUUCUAAUGUCCGCAACUGUUGAUUCAAGUUUAUUUUCAAGAUACUUUGGCCAUUGUCCUGUACUUACUGCGGAAGGCAGGACUCAUGAAGUGACAACAUACUUUCUUGAGGAUGUAUAUGAUCAGAUUAAUUAUCGACUUCCUUCAGAUUCUCCAGCUUCUUUAGCAAAUGAAACAUUUUCCAAAGGCCAGAAUUUGCAGAGGGGUCCUGUGACAAAUAGCAGGGGGAAGAAGAAUCUAGUCUUAUCUGCAUGGGGUGACGAGUCUGUCCUUUCUGAAGAAAAUUUUAAUCCAAAUUUUGUUCCUAGCCAUUAUCAAUCGUACAGUGAACAAGCCCAACAAAAUCUGAAAAGAUUGAAUGAAGAUGUCAUUGAUUACGAUCUUCUUGAAGAUCUUAUAUGUUUUAUUGAUGAAACUUGCGGUGAGGGUGCCAUCCUCGUAUUCUUACCUGGAGUGUCUGAAAUAAACCUAUUACAUGACAAGUUGGUGGCCUCAUACCAAUUUGGUGGUCCGUCUUCUGAUUGGGUUAUUCCUUUGCAUUCAUCAGUUGCAUCAACUGAACAGAAAAGAGUGUUUUUACGCCCUCCAGGAAAUAUGCGAAAGGUUGUUAUAGCCACAAAUAUAGCAGAGACCAGCAUAACAAUAGAUGAUGUGAUAUAUGUAAUUGACUGUGGAAAACAUAAGCAGAAUCGCUAUAAUCCACAUAAGAAAUUGUCUAGCAUGGUCGAAGAUUGGAUUUCUCAAGCAAAUGCAAGGCAGCGCCGAGGUAGAGCCGGACGUGUUAAACCUGGAAUUUGCUUUUGCUUGUACACUCGUCAUAGAUUUGAAAGACUCAUGCGUCCUUAUCAGGUUCCGGAGAUGCUUCGGAUGCCAUUAGUUGAAUUGUGUCUGCAGAUUAAGUUACUGUCUCUUGGUUAUAUCAAGCCAUUUUUGUCUGAGGCUUUAGAACCUCCCAAGGUUGAAGCAAUGAGUUCGGCGAUAUCUUUAUUGUAUGAGGUCGGUGCUCUUGAAGGGGACGAAGAGUUGACACCUCUUGGGUAUCAUCUGGCAAAACUUCCUGUUGAUGUAUUAAUUGGAAAGAUGAUGCUGUAUGGUGCAAUAUUUGGUUGCUUGUCCCCUAUUCUUUCAGUUUCUGCAUUUCUAAGUUACAAGUCUCCGUUUGUGUAUCCAAAGGAUGAGAGGCAAAAUGUUGAAAGAGCAAAAUUAAAAUUGUUGAAUGAUAAGCUAGAUGGGCCUGGCGACACAAAUGAUUUUGAUCGGCAAUCUGAUCACUUACUAAUGAUGACAGCUUAUACAAGAUGGGAGAGGAUCUUGACUGAGAAAGGAGCUAAAGCUGCACACCAGUUCUGUAAUUCAUUUUUUUUGAGCAGCUCUGUAAUGUUUAUGAUAAGGGAGAUGAGGAUGCAGUUUGGAACUUUGCUAGCAGACAUUGGUCUCAUCAGUCUUCCUAAAGAUUAUAAGAUGGAUGGAAAAAAGAGAGAGAAUCUUGACAGUUGGCUUUCUGAUGCGUCAAAAUCAUUCAAUAUACAUGCACAUCAUCCAUCAGUUCUGAAGGCUAUACUAUGUGCAGGUCUAUACCCCAAUGUAGCUGCUAGUGAACAAGGCAUUGUUGCUGCACCUGUCAGCAGCCUUAAGCAGUCUUCGACUUCUACUAAUACUGGUCGAACAGUCUGGUUUGAUGGAAAAAGAGAAGUUCACAUCCACCCAUCUUCGAUCAACAGUAAUUCAAAAGCAUUCCAGUACCCCUUUCUUGUCUACCUUGAAAAGGUUGAAACAAAUAAAGUAUUUCUACGAGAUACUUCAGUCAUUUCUCCAUACUCUAUUUUGCUCUUUGGUGGAUCAAUUAAUGUUCAGCAUCAGACUGGACUGGUCACCAUUGAUGGAUGGUUGAAAUUGACUGCUCCUGCCCAAAUAGCUGUCUUGUUCAAGGAGCUACGAUUAACUCUGCAUUCCAUUCUGAAGGAGCUUAUUAGAAAACCGGAGAAUGUGAUCGUUCUGAAUAACGAGAUCAUUAAGUCUAUCAUCACUCUGCUUUUGGAAGAAGGCAAUAUGCCGAAAUGAUUGAGCAUCAGCUCAUGUGAGCUAAAUCAUUUCUUUAUUAUAGCUGCUCGAAUAAUAUCCUUGAAGAAGGCGGAUUCCUUCCUGCUGUAAUCUCCUAGUCAUUCUGUUUGAGUAAAAGGAGCUGACCUUUCUUCUCUCUGGAAUGAAAUGCCAUUUUGGACCUUGUUGCUUCUUAUGUCUCUGCCUCUCUGGACUAUUGAAUGUGAACUCUGACAAGUUGAGUCAUUUAAACAGUUCAAUCAUGUUUCGUCCUAAGAUAAAGGAAUAGCAUAUUCAUUUGCUAGCUGGGAAGAGAUUUUAUUCAAGCAUAGACCUGGUGUUUCUUUGUGUUGGCCUUGGUGCCGACCCUGUAAUUUGUUUAGGUUUGUUAGUACAUGAAACUGUUU